AUGUGUUCGGAUUAUUCGGCCCGGUGCAGGUCGAUUUGUCCACAUGGCCCGAGCUCGAAAGUUUUGCACAGAAGCCCCCGUCGACUUCUGCCGCCGCUGCGAAUGGGGAGGGAAACCACGAUGAGAGAGCAACCGGUCGCCGGGGUCUUCAGACAGUCGCCCCGUGCGCGACUUUUCACCUCUUCCGGUCGGCUUUGGGCAAAAACAAGGAGGACAAGGCGGCCAUAG